UUUAUAUUCGUUAAAUGAAAGUAAAAUAAGAGUAAGGACCCACUAAAGUCAUUUUGUAGCGACAGAAAAUCUUCAUGGCCAUCAUCAAUCACGUCUCUUCUCCCGCACAACCUAAGGCUGUACAGACAAAAGAAAUGUCAACUGGACCCAAUGAAGAAGUUCAUAAGAGAAGUUCACUGUGAAUUGGAGAUGGUAUAUGUUGGCCAAAUGUGUCUCUCUUGGGAGUUCAUUCGAUGGCAAUAUGAAAAGGCUUUGGAUUUGUGGGAAUCUCAACCUCAUACACGACUUCACCAUUACAAUCAAGUUGCUGAUGACUUCCAACAGUUCCAAAUUCUCUUGCAAAGAUUCUUAGAGAAUGAAGCUUUCCAAGGCCCCAGACUCCAAAAUUACGUCAAGAAUCGUUUCGUUGCUCGUAAUCUUCUUCAAGUUUCAGUCAUUAGAGAGGAUAAAACGAGGGAUAGAAGGAAGGCAAGAAGAGGAAAAGAGGACGGUUACGAAGCAAUCACAAGUGAUAUGCUUGUAGAGAUAUUACAAGAAUCAAUAAGAGUAAUUUGGCAGUUCAUUCGAGCAGAUAAAGAUCACAGCAACACCACAAAACACUCGAAAAAGUUCCAAGCAGAACUCCAAAACCCAGCCGAUAAGCAACUUCUAACCGAGAUUCAAACAGAUCUCCAAAAGAAAGAAAAGAAGGUGAAGGAAAUUAUGAGAAGUGGAGAUUGCAUACUGAAGAAACUGCAGAAGAAAGAAAAAGGAGGAGAUUUGUGUUUCUUGAGUAAAGUGGAUAUGAAGUUGGUAGGAAGAGUUCUUAAAAUGUCAAGAAUAACAACAGAUCAGUUGAUUUGGUGCAGAAACAAAUUGAAUAGAAUCAGUUUCUUCAACACUCAAAUCCAUGUACACCCUUCCUUCUUUCUUUUUCCCUGUUCUUGCUAAUUUCUUCCCUGUAUAUCACAAUUAUUGUAUAUAAACAUGUACACAAAACGUUUCCU